AUGUGUAUAGUUUUGGGGUUGUUGCAUUGGAAAUUGUUGCUGGAAUGAACAACAUGAAAUAUCGUCCUGAUGGGAAUUAUGUUUGUCUACUUGACUGGGAAUCUUGCGUUCAAACUACACCAACAACAGCUCCCUUAGUACACAAUAGAACCACGUGGACGGAUCACCCAAGAGUGUCAUUCGUGAAGGGAGUGUUAAAUAAAUACUCAUGUUUUACCGCAAGUCGAAUACCUGAUAACUGUCAUUAGCUUUUAUGCUUGUUUCAGGCACUUGUUUUGCAACGUAAAGGAAGUUUGAUGGAGCUAAUAGAUCCAAGGUUGGGUUCUAACUUCAACAAGGAAGAGGCAAUGAGAAUGAUUAAAACAAUUCUAUUAUGCGCUAAUCCGUCGCCGACACUUAGGCCUAACAUGUCUGCCGUAUUUAGCAUGCUUGAAGGUCAGGUUACUGUUCAGGAACUAAACAUGGAUCCAAGUAUUUAUGACGAUGAAUUGAAGUUCAAAGCCCUCAGAGACAAGUAUGAAGUGAUGGAACACCAGAACUCCGGUGAAACUGAGAUCCUUAUCCCUUCAUCACCACCACCCAAGAUAUCUACCCGAUUAUUCUUGGUUCUUCAUACUGAGGAGCGAGAAUUAUGCUUUGAUGGUCCAUAAAUAGAUUGCUUGUUUAGCUAUUUUUUAAGUUUUUGUCCUACUUAAGGAAGCCGAAAUAUGCAUUUUUCCUCUUUCCAUUAAGAAUCAUGACCU